AUGAGAAAUAACCAGAAUUACAUUAAUAUUACAGAUGAAGAAUAUCAUGUUGGCAGUGUGACAUCAAAUCUUGUAGAAUUACCAAAUUUUGAUUCCGUUUUUUCUUUCUCACUUGAUUAUAUGCAUCUAGUUUGUUUGGGUGUAAUGAAAAAAUUAUUGAUGCUGUGGCUAAGCAAAUGUCCAGUUACUGUUCGGAUACGGUCAGCAAAAAUGAAUGAGUUAUCUUUACAUUUAUUAAAUCUUAAUGUCUGUGUUACUUCUGAUUUUGUUAGAGAAAGCAGAACUUUACAAGAGUUAAGUCGAUGGAAAGCGACAGAAUUCCGUUUUUUUUUUUGUUAUAUACUGGACCAAUUGUAUUAA